GUCUGCAUGGCGCUGAUGAUCCGAUGUGUCCACAAAACAUCGCACGUUUUCAGCAGCUCUGUGGGGAGGUUGUUUGCAGCUGACCAUCGCUGGUUCCUGUCUGUGAGAGGAAGAGUAGCAGCUGCAAAACACGACAGUACGUCUUCUUCACUCUCAACCACAGGCUGCACGAUGAGUAAGAAGCUGCUGGUGGAUGUGGACUGUGGGGUGGACGAUGCUCAGGCCAUCAUGUUGGCGCUGGCCGCCCCCAACGUGGAGCUGCUGGGCGUCACCUGCGUGCACGGAAACACCACAGUGGAGAACGUGUGUAAAAACACACUGCGGGUUCUGCAAGCCUGCAAUAAACUCGAGAUUCCCGUGUUUAAAGGUGCAGCUAAGCCCAUCCUCGGGAACAGCCUCAGUGCGGGACACUUCCACGGGCAGGACGGGCUCGGAGACGCUCCAGACGCCAGCGCUCCGGGUGUGGAGCUGGUUCAGAAGGAGGACGCCGUGUCUGCCAUGAUCAGGAUCGUCAAUGAGAAUCCAGGAGAGGUAUCUCUGGUUGCUACGGCGCCCCUCACCAACCUGGCUCUGGCUGUGAGGAUGGAUCCAUCUCUACCGAGCAAACUGCGAGGGCUCUACAUCAUGGGAGGCAACACUGAAUCUCGAGGGAACACCACAGUGUGCGCCGAGUUCAAUUUUGCAGCUGAUCCAGAAGCUGCGUACGUUGUACUCAACGACUACCACUGUCCGACGUACUUGGCCUGCUGGGAGUUCACCUGCUACAGCAAGCUGUCCUGGGAGUUUUGCGACGCCUGGUUGGCGCAGGACACCGACAAAGCUCGCUUCAUGGCACGGAUCUUCCGCCACAGCAUCGAGGCGUCGCAAAGCGAGCGCCUCCAGAAAGAGUUUGUGGCCGGCACGGGUUUUGUCUCCUGUGACUCGUACGCCAUGGCAGCCGCAGUGGACGAUUCGUUCAUCACAGAGAGCGACCAUUAUCCAGUGAGCGUGGAGCUGACGGGCACACACACCAGAGGCAUGAUGGUCGUAGACACUGUGGGCUUCCUGAAGAAGACUCACAAGGCUUUUAUCAUGAAGAAGGUGGAUAUGGAGAAGUUCAAGCAGAUGAUGAUGGCGGCCUUACAAUAAGGCAGCGUUGGUGACCAGCACGGCUGUUUCCGUCCACUUGUUUUGGCUCAGUUUUUGUUUUUCCUCUGAAUGAGCUUUGAAGUUACAACUCACAAUGAGUCAUCUCUCUGUUAGUGUUUUUAGUAAUGAGCCAACAUACUAACUGUAACGGUCUCUCGCAGGAAAGACUGGGACUAAAGACUAAUUUUGUACAAUAAAAUAUUAAUUCUUAUGGAAGACUUAUUCCUGUAUGGAUAUACCUCAUUUGUAUGAUGACACCUUCAUUAAAAGUUUUUAAUUUUAAACUAGAAAUCUUCUUCGUCAGUCACAUGAUUUUGAUGACAGGGACUAGUCCAUUUUUUUUAAAAAACUCUUUACAUUUUAUUUAUUAUUUAUGUUGAAUAUAUAUUUUUUCAUAGCACAACACACUGAUUCAUUCAGAAAAACGCCACACACGGUGACAGCUCCAGUUUUUUCAGCACUAAAUUUUGCCGAAGGUUUGUUUAUCCUUUUUUUUCCGUCGGUGUUUAUUGUUGUCAAACAUUU